AUGGUUGCUGGGUCUGCUAAAAAGACUCCUUCGAAGGGCAGCCGCUCGACUGCCCAGGUCAGACGUUCAGCUUCCAAAGCUCUCAAGAACGAUGGAUCUCCCGUCAAGACUCCCGGCUCCCGAUCCGCCAAGAAGGCUUCUCGCGAGUACAAUUACACCAGCCGCCUCCCCACUGAGCAGCAGCGUCGUGAGAAUGGCCGAGUUCCCGGACGCAACUUGAUCGUCUGGGGUCGUCCUCGCAUGGCGGAGAAGCUUUUGCUCCAUCUUCAGUAUGAGUGCUCUCGUCACAAGAUUGAACUGCCCUGGGACAGCAUUGCGCAUCGUCUGCAUCCCGGGUCCACUGGUGCCGCUGUGUCCCAGCAUCUUGGCCGCCUCCGUCGCGAGCUCACCGCCGAGGGCCAUCUGGUUCCUCCCAUGCUCCAGCGUCCUGGAAUCAGCGGUGCUGUCGAUCCGGAUAUCCGAGGCUUCGUCCGAAAGGAUGAUCAAGGUGAAGACAAAUUUGCUACCCGACCUGUCCGGUUUUCUGAGAAGCAUGAUGACCGACGCUUCAACCUCCCUGAUGCGUUCGAUGUUCAAGAUCAUCUCCCGACCGCCUCCUUUGAGGAAGAAGUUAAGUCAGAUGGUGAAGAUCUUCCUGAGUCACCUACUCCUCAGCAACGCCGCUCUCGGGUCCCAACUGGUGGCCUUUAUCAGUACACAGAACAGUCGUCUCCAACCCAUGACCAAGACUAUGAGGCCAAUGAGUUCAAUGACCGUGUCUUCGCAGUGCAAUACAAUGGCAUGGACAUUGAUGGUAACAACAAGAGCGAGACGGAAGAUGAGAACAUCUUCACCAGCCCAACUGCCCGCCGACACCAUAACGUCGUCGACCCCAACUUUCAGGCUUUCUCUCAAACUUCCAUGUGCACUCAUUUCAAUUCCAUCCCUCAAAUGGGCACCCAGGAAGUUACCCCUCAGCCUUUUCCAAUGGCGUGCCCCUCUUCGAUUCAGCUCCCCCAAUCUCACGAUCCCGCAACACUGUCCAAGUCCAUCUUGCAGAUGAACAACAUUGGCGCGUACCAACUCAGUCCUUGGAGUAUGUCUAACGCCGCCUACCAAAGCCCUUCUUUGGAAGCACUACAGACCCACAUGAUGUUCCAAGGCCAAAUGUAUCCGUCCACCACAUCUGAGAGUUCAUCCGACCGUCCCUCAGCAGAGGAGAGCAUGCUUAACGAGGCACUGGCUUCGACUGGAGCCCAUUUCAACGAUCUCAUGAUCCACCAUGCUGCGGACGAUCUUCUCCCUGAUAUCUUUGGCACCAUGGCUUGAACUCUUUGAGUUCCAUGUCCUUUCAUGGACAUCUUGCGACAUCGUGUUUCCGUAUCAC